AUGGAGGGACAGAAGACAUCAUGCCGUCUACCGGACACCGUUGUCCCCGUCAAGUACACCCUCAGAUACCACGAUCUGGAUCUCGACCGUUGCACCUUCGCCGGCAGUGUUGCAAUCGAUUGCGAGGUCAAGUCGGAAGUGAAAACGGUGGAGCUGCACGCCCUUGAGCUCUGGGUCACUUCGGCGGAGGCUGUGAUGGAUGAUGGAGGUGGUGGUGGCAAAGCCGGCGGCGGCCAGAAAAAGUUGUCGACGGUGAGGACUGAGUACGAUUCGAAGGCCCAGACCGUGACCCUCUGCUUCGUGGAGGCUCUCCCGGUGGGCGGCGUCAAGCUCGAGCUGAGCUUCGAGGGGAGCAUCAACGACAAGCUGGCCGGCCUCUAUCGGUCCAAGUACACCGGCCCCGAUGGAGAGACCAAGACCAUGGCCGUCACGCAGUUCGAGGCCACCGACGCUAGGAGAGCUUUCCCGUGCUGGGACGAGCCCGCCAUCAAGGCCAGGUUCGAGCUGGAGGUGCUGGCCCCCCUCGACCGUCGAGUGGUGAGCAACACCCCUGUCAUGAUGUCCAACGAGGAGACCGCGGAGCUCCCUUCGGGCAGGAAGGAGCGGCGCCGCAGGUGGAGGUUCGCGGAGACGCCCGUCAUGUCCACCUACCUCCUGGCGCUGGUGAUCGGGGAGUUCGAUUUUGUGUCGGCGUACAACGCGUCCGGGGUGUUGACGACCGUGUACACGCCGGUUGGAAAGGCGGAGCAGGGGCGAUUCGCUCUGCAUGUGGCGUCGAAGGCGCUAGAGUACUACGCGGAGACGGUGUUCAAGGUGCCCUACCCUCUUCAGAAGAGUGACCUUCUCGCCAUCCCAGAUUUCGCGGCGGGGGCCAUGGAGAACUGGGGCUGCGUGACCUACCGGGAGGCCCGUCUGCUGGUACACGAGGCCACCUCCUCCACCGCCACAAAGAAGGCCAUCGCCCGGACCGUGUGCCACGAGCUGGCACACCAGUGGUUCGGAAACCUGGUCACCAUGGAGUGGUGGGACGCUCUCUGGCUCAACGAGGGCUUCGCGAGGUACAUGGAGUUCGUGGCGGUGGACCACAUCUUUCCCGAGUGGGACAUCUGGUCAGCCUUGCGUCGUGCCGAGCUUGGGCGGCUGGCCUCGACUUUUCCCAGCACGUCGCAUGCCCGUGCCGCCAUGGCGCUGGACUCCCUCGUCGCUUCGCACCCCAUCGAAGUCAAGUCAGCCGUCAUGAUAGAAGAGCAGGUCGACAACCCGGAUCAGAUCAACGAGAUCUUCGAUGCGAUCUCGUACGCGAAGGGCGCCAGCGUCAUCCGUAUGCUCGCGGGACACCUGGGCGUCGCGGAGUUCAUGCGAGGCAUCCACGACUACCUGGUCAAGCACAGCUACGGCAACGCACGCUCGGACGACCUCUGGGCGGCCCUGGGGAACGUUACCGGCAAGGACGUCGGCGCCCUCAUGGACACGUGGACCCGGAAGGUGGGGUACCCGGUUCUCACCCUCGCGGAGGACGGCAGCACCUCCCAGGCGCGCUUCCUCGCGAUGGCAGAAGACCCCGCCACCGCCACCGCCGCAUCCGCGAAGGGGGAUGAUGGGGGACAGGGGACGGUCUGGCGCAUCCCCGCCAGGGUGGUGUGGGAGGGCGCGGGCGAGGGGGAGGAACUGGUAGUGAUGCUGGAAGGAGAGUCGGGGGCUGAGGGAGGGCGGAAGCUCAAGGAGAAGGUGCAAGAGCUUCAGGCGGCGGGGAAGUGGUUCAAGAUAAACGCCGGGCAACGCGGGUUCUUCAAAGUGAACUACAACGAAGGGGGCUGGACAAACCUCAGCAGGGCCAUGCAAACGAGAGCCAUAUCCCCGGCGGACCGCGCGGGAGCGGUGUCGGACGCCUUCUCCCUCGCGGCGGCCGGCCGCGCGUCGACGGGCGUGGCCCUGGGCCUGGCGUCCAAGCUCAGGGACGACCCGGACAGCCUGGUGCGGCAGACGGUGGUGUCCAGCCUCUUGGACCUCAUCUCGCUCUACUCGGAGGAAACGUUCUUCGGAAAGUUCCAGGAGCUGGUCCGGUCGAUCUGCCUGCCCAUGUGGGAGUCCAUCACCUGGACGGCGGCCGAGGGCGAGCCACAGCGAGUUGCGACGCUGCGGCCGCUGCUGCUCCGGACGCUCCACCUGUCGGGGUCGGUGGAGGUGGACGAGGAAGCGCUCAGGAGGUUCGACGCCUACGUGAACGACAGAGCCGGGAGCGCUCCGCCGGCUGACCUCCGGUACGUGAUCCUGGCGACCGCGGUGGGUGUAAGGGGAGACUCGGCAUUCCGGCAGGUGAUCGAGAUCUACAGGACGAGUGACUCGGGAGAGGAGAAGCGCCAGUGCCUCAGCGCCAUCGGGAAGGCCAGGGACGCCGCCCUGCUGUCCGAAGCCAUGGGCUUUAUCCUCGACUCGGGAGAGGUACGUCUGCAGGACGCCGGGCUGUCCCUGGCGUCUUUGGCGACCUCCGCGCUUGGCUCCAAGCUGGUGUGGACGGCCUUCCGUGAGCGCUACGUCGAGCUACACGAUCGUUUCUCGGACACAGGUUUCAUCUGGCCUAUGCUUGUCGGCAGUGCCGUUAUGGGACCACGGACCCCGGAACACCUCACGGAGCUCGAGGCUUUCUUCAAUGACGCGCCAAAGCCCGUUGGUGCCGGCGAGAGGAAGUGGCUUCAGAACUUCGAGAAGCUGCGCGUGCAGGUGGCCCAGCUGGCGAGGGACCGCAACACCGUCCCCCAGGCUCUGAGGUGA